AUGUUAGCACGUGGUGAAGUUUGGUGGCCUAAUCUAAAUCAAGAUCUGGAGAAUUGUAUUAACUCUUGCGAAAAUUGUCAAUCCUUACAACCCAAAGCAGUUCCAGUACCGUAUACACCAUGGUCAAAAACCGAGCGAGUUUGGGAGAGAAUACACAUUGACUUCUUGGAAAAAUUUAACAAGAAAUUCUUGAUAGUAGUAGAUAGCUACAGUCGAUGGAUCGAGAUACAGAUAAUGCAUGGAACAAAUUCGUCUAAAACUAUUCAAGCGCUAAAACACAUAUUUGCUACGUUCGGAAUUCCAGAAGAGAUAGUAUCAGACAACGGACCUCCAUUUAAUGGGGAGGAAUACAAGAAGUUUGCACUUUCAAUAGGCACAAAAGUAUCCUUGACUCCACCAGUUCAUCCUUGCUCAAAUGGCAAAGCGGAAAAGUAUGUGGAUACCAUCAAGAGAGGCUUAUUGAAGCAAUUAAAGGAUAAUGAAAAACAGAAAAUUACCAUGACUUUACAGGAACAGAUCGAUGAAUACUUGUUUUCUUUUCGCAAUACACCCAACUCAGUCACAGGAGUUUGUCCGGCGAAUUUAGUAUUAAAACGCCAACCCAGAACAAAACUCUCCUUACUAAAACCAACAUUUUUAAGAGGGAAGAGAAGAGAAGAUAAAAUCGAUGGAAAAGUGAAAAUAUACCAGGAUAGUAAAAGAGGAAUAAUGAGAAGAUUCUAUGAAGGCCAAAAAGUACUUACCUUCGAUACUCGUGUCAACAGGUGGAUUCCUGGAAAAAUUGCAAAGGUCGUCAGUCCAGUUACAUAUUUAGUAAUGGUGAAUAAUCAGGUACGAUAUCUUCAUGCCGAUUACCUAAAGAUGUCCAUAUUAGAAGAAGAGACAAAUCCAAUUGUAAGACCGUACAUACAAGGGAGUAACCCCAGUCCUUCGGUCAGCGUUGAGAAGGCUCCGGAUGAGAAUGUUCAGGAAGAAGUGAUUGAAGACUCAAGUGUUUCUUUACCUGAUAGUCCAAAUCCUGACCAAGCACCUAAAAGUCCUGCUCCAGUUUCUAUAACGCCUCAGGUACUCAGACGUUCACAAAGAACCAUAAAGGCGCCCUCUAGGCUUGAUUUGUAA